AUGGAGAAACCUGGAGAUCACGCAACCGAAUCCGAAACUCUUCCUCACAAAUCCAACGAUCACGAAAACACAAAUCCUCUCAAUGAAUCAAAACAUCAAUCCCCUACGGAUACGGCAACACCUGAAUCGGAAUCUUCCGAGCUCAGCCUUACCCAGGUGAUGGAAGCCGUCGACGAUUUCAUCAAAUCCCUCUCCUCCUCCACCGAUCCAUUACAAGAGAUUCCUCCAUCGGUUGAGCCCUUCCCAGAGACCGUCGAUUCCUUAGUAUCAAAAAUGGAAUCCUCCGGAAUCGGACGUGACGAAACAGAGGAUUCCGCGUUCAUCGACGCCGUUAACCGCAUUUCAAAAUCGGUCACGACGCUAAGAGAGCUCAACCUAGAUUCAACCCCGGUUUCUUCGUGGCUAAACCGGGCUACUUCGGUUCAACACCGUGCCGUGUCUCUCCUCGACGAAGAGUUUCGUCAUCUCCUAGACCGUUCCCGCGACGGAGACAACAAUCACGAUGAAUCUGAUCAAGACGCUUCACAAGAUCAAGAAACGUUCCCUGAUUUUCCACCGGAAUUUAUCUCCACGUUGACAAAAAUCGCCGGAGCGAUCAUCUCCGCCGGUUACGAAAUGGAGUGUUGCAUGUCUUACGAGACGUCGAGACGCCACGCGUUCAAGGAGGAGCUUAAAGAGAUUGGAUUCGAAGGGAUCAACGUGGAAGACGUGCAGAGACUCCCCUGGGAGUCUCUGCAAGGAGAGAUCGCGACAUGGAUCUCUAUAGUUCGCCGUUGCUCCUCCGUGCUUUUCCCCGGAGAGCUUUCUCUCUGCAACUCCGUGUUCCCGGAGCAAGAUUCACUCCGUAGACGCCUCUUCACGGGCCUUGUCUCGGCUGUAACGAUGCGGUUUCUGGAUUUUUCAGGUGCCGUGGUUCUCACGAAACGUUCCUCGGAGAAACUUUUUAAGUUCCUUGACAUGUACGAAACCUUACGGGAACUGAUACCUGCCGUUGAAGAAACGGAUUCAGAUCUGAUCAAAGAGAUUAAGCUUGCUCAGACGAGGCUGGGAGAAGCGGCAGUGAGUAUAUUCGGAGAGUUAGAGAACUCGAUAAAGACCGAUAUCGGAAGAACACCUGUUCCAAGCGGAGCGGUUCAUCCGUUAACUCGUUACACUAUGAACUACCUCAAAUACGCGUGCGAGUAUAAAGACACUUUGGAUCAAGUGUUUCGACAUUACGAGAAGCCUGAAGAAUCAGACCAAACAGAAACCGAACCAGAGACGAAACUAGAAGACCACGACGAGGAGUACAAAACGUCAGCCUUCGCUAGACAAAUGAUAAGAGUGAUGGAGCUACUCGACGCAAAUCUAGAGAUUAAAUCGGCUUUAUACAGAGACCCAUCGCUACGAUCCAUCUUCUUAAUGAACAACGGGAGAUACAUUCUUCAAAAGAUCAAGGGGUCAACGGAGAUAAGAGACUUGAUGGGACAAGCGUGGACGAGGAAAAGAUCAACGGAGCUUAGACAGUACCAUAAGAGUUACCAGAGAGAGACUUGGGGUAAAGUGUUGCAAUGUAUGAAUCAAGAAGGUUUAAAGGUUAACGGGAAAGUCUCGAAGACGGUUUUGAAAGAGAGGUUUAAGAUUUUUAAUAAUAUGUUCGAUGAGAUACAUAAGACGCAGAGUACGUGGAUUGUGAGUGAUGAGCAGAUGCAAUCGGAGUUAAGGGUUUCGAUCGCGGCGUUGGUGAUUCCGGCUUAUAGGUCUUUCUUUGGGAGGUAUAAGCAGCAUAUUGAUUCGGGGAGGCAUACGGAUAAGUAUGUUAAGUAUCAGCCUGAAGAUAUUGAGUCUGUUAUUGAUGAUUUGUUUGGUGGGAAUCCAGCUCCUAUGUCAAGGAAGAGGACUUGA